AUGGCAUUGGCUCAUUUUCUCUCCCUUCUCAUUAUUUUCUCUUCACUUGAUGUUCUCUCCUACGGAAAUGUUUCGAAACACCAAAACGAGACAUUGCAAACCAUGAUUAUUCAAGCUUGCAAUAACGUCGAAGACCAUAGUUCAUGCCUGUUAAACUUGGAAUCCAGGCUUGCAGAUUCAGGGCAUAGAAGCCCCACCUCAAUCCUCAGAGCAGCGCUCGAGGCUACACUCAAUGAGGCAAGACUAGCCAAAGAAAUGGUUACAACGUUCAAUAGCUUAUCAAUAAGUCCCCGGGAACAAAUAGCGAUUGAGGACUGCAAAGAACUCCUCGAUUUCUCAGUUUCAGAGCUGGCAUGGUCUCUAGGAGAGAUGAAGGAGAUCCGGGCUGGCUCGAAGAACGUUCAUCUCGAAGGUAACCUAAAAGCAUGGCUUAGUGCUGCUCUGAGCAACCAAGACACAUGCCUCGAAGGCUUUGAGGGCACAGAUCGGAAGGUAGAGACCUUCAUAAAGGGAAGUCUAACACAAGUCACACAGCUCAUUGGCAAUGUCUUAACUCUUUACAGUCAAUUACAUAGCUUACCCUUUAAACCACAAAGAAAUAGCACCAUAAAGAGUGAAACUGAGAGCAUGGUGUUUCCGAAAUGGAUCACAGAUGGUGAUAAGGAGUUGCUCCUUUCCAGGCCAAAAGGUAAGCACAUUGACGCAGUCGUGGCGUUGGAUGGGAGUGGGCAUUAUCGUUCCAUCACAUCAGCCAUUGAUGAGGCUCCAAGAUAUAGUAAUAGAAGAUACAUUAUAUAUGUAAAGAGAGGAGUUUAUCAUGAGAACAUUGAUAUGAAGAAGCAAAAGACCAAUGUUAUGCUUGUAGGGGAUGGGAUAGGAGUCACUGUAGUGUCUGGUAACCGAAAUUUCAUGCAAGGAUGGACAACCUUUAGAACAGCCACCGUUGCUGUUUCGGGCAAGGGAUUCAUUGCAAGGGACAUGACAUUUCGUAACACGGCAGGGCCUGAAAACCAUCAGGCUGUGGCACUUCGAGUCGAUUCAGACCAAUCAGCCUUCUUCCGCUGCAGCAUGGAAGGCUACCAAGACACCCUCUACAUCCACUCGCUCCGCCAAUUCUACCGUGAAUGCAGCAUCUCAGGCACCAUCGACUUUAUUUUCGGUAACGGCGCAGCCGUACUCCAAAAUUGCAAGAUUUUCACCAGGGAACCUCUACCACUACAAAAAGUAACCAUCACGGCUCAAGGCCGAAAAAACCCUCACCAAAGCACCGGGUUUUCAAUUCAAAACAGUUAUGUUUAUGCAACCCGGCCCACUUACUUGGGCAGACCCUGGAAAGAAUACUCCAGAACUGUGUUUAUGAACACGUACCUGAGUGGGCAGGUCCAGCCUAGAGGGUGGCUAGAGUGGUACGGAGACUUUGCUUUGAACUCAUUGUGGUAUGGGGAGUAUAGAAACCAUGGUCCUGGUGCUUCACUAUCCGGGAGGGUCCAAUGGCCUGGCUAUCAUAUGAUCAAGGAUGCUUCGGUAGCUAAUUUCUUCACGGUGGGGCGUUUCAUCGAUGGCCGAUCGUGGUUGCCAUCUACCGGUGUCAAGUUCUCAGAUGGCUUAGCCAAUUAAUUCGCAAAGGGUUCGAUUUUUUCAACUAGGAUGUCAAUGAGCGACCAUAAUGUAAGAAAUUUGCUUUAUAAACCAUGAUCAUAUUUGGUACUGACCCUAGAUAAUGAUGAUAAGUCCAAUCCAAAGAUUCAUUCUAUCACCGUUAAUUUUGUAUUAUGGAUAAUUAAUACACAAAGUACUUAUUGGAG